AUGAAGACCUCCACUGUCGCUCCGUUGGCCUUGGCCAUCACUUCCGCCUUCGCGGCUCCUUUUGACCUUGUCUCCAAGCGCCCACUCGCUUCUCAUGAAUGGACUCGUUCCACCUCUCCCUUGAACUCCAGGGCCAACUGCCCAGCCCUCCUCCCAGCUGGAGAGUUCGAGUUCCCUCACUACAUCACACAGAUCUCUGCCUCACAGCCCGACAAGGCCUUCGGCAACCAGUACAAUGGCGUCUUCACCCCCAACGACAUUAGCUCUAUCUUUAGCUUCGACAUUCCGGCCAGUCGUACGGACGCCAACUGCACGUUGCAGUUCAUCUUCCCGAAGCUGGAGGACCUGAAGACGAGCUCCUUCUCCUACAGCGGGGGCGGGAACUUUGUCUUCGAGGGAUAUAACGCUGGAAGCUGCCCUGGCCCUGCGACAACUUACAACAACCAGCCAGCACCGGGACCAUACCCUGCGUUCCCACCCGUGCACAUGGAGCCCGGCUUCGUCUACACUUUGGAAACGGGGCCUUGCUUCGUGGGGGCCGGGACCUGUGUUGCUGGCAAAACCUCGACCAAUGACACAUCCUUCACGUAUUUCCAGGACAUUGGAAACGCCGACAUUGGUGAUUGCCCCAUCGGAAUCUACACCACGUACAGCUAUCUUUGA